GGUAUGAAAAUUGGAGACUUUGGUCAGCUUUCUGGUAAGCAAAUUACCACGAUUGAUAAGUUACAAAGACAGAUUAUUUUAGAAGAGAGAAAAUUUUCUUCAAGGUUAGCUAGCUUGCAAGAAGAUGUUGUUGAUCAACCGUUUGCCAUGGCGGCCAGAAUUUACAAUGCUGAAAGAGGUGAGAAUGAAAUCGAGCCCUUAAAUAAACAUGGUGAGGACAUGUCAAAUUUACUAGAAGAAGUUGAUGAGUUGAGGAUGAAGACACUAAAGGAGAUAUUGGGCAUAUUGACACCAAUUCAAGGUGUGGAAUACUUAGCAGCAGCAAAGAGAAUAAGGCUAUGUUUGCAACAAUGGGGAAAGAAGAGGGAACAAGAACAUAAUAGUAAUUAA